UUAAAGCAGUUUCUGCUUUCAUGUGGAAUUCAUAUCAUAACUUAGAAAUGUAAGAAAUUAUGUGAAGUGAAAAGUAUUUUUCGACUGAAAGCGUUCAGUUAUGAAAAGAUUGAUUUCAAAAAUGAGCGCAGUGAAAUUGGCAAAGGCAGCUCUGAGAAAAGAAAUUGAAAAAAGACUUGCAGGUUUAAGCCCAGAAGACAGAAACAGGCAGUCGGAAAUCAUCAGAAAUAAGUUAUUCGCGUUGCCACAAUUCCAGAAAUCCAAAAAUGUAUCAAUUUUUUUGAGUCUUGACGUGGAAGUCGAUACAGAACCAAUAGUGAGGAAAAUUUUUGAAGAUGGAAAAAAAUGUUUCGUCCCAAGGUACAAUAAAAAAGGGAUGGAAAUGGUUGAAUUAUAUUCAAUGGAAGAUUGGGAGAAGCUACCUGUGACAAAAUGGAAUAUAAAACAACCAUCUUUCAAAGAUGAGAGAAGAAACGCCCUUGAAGCAGGUAAAUUAGACAUUGUGUUAUGCCCUGGAGUGGCUUUCACCGUAGAUGGAAAGCGGUUGGGUCAUGGAGGAGGCUAUUAUGACAGAUUCCUGAGACACGUUUCGGAAACCCAAGCUGUACCCCCAUCAGUAGUCGCAGUGGCGUUGAAAGAACAAAUCGUUGACGACGUUCCGACUGAAGAGACAGAUUUCAAGAUUGAGCAGGUGUUACAUGCUUGAAAUGAUGUCAUGUGAAUAAUGUUACAGGGUACGGUUGAUUGUAAAUAGGUGGUCAACUAUUGUUAUAUUACUAAUAAAACAUUAAACAUU